UACGGCGGCCGAGGAGAGAAAUGUGGGCGCGUGCGGUGUUGCUGGGCCAUCGGUCCUGGAUGGGCUGGCACCGGGGCUUCACCUCCAAGACGGAUCCUCAGGGUAGUGGCCGUGUCACGGCUGAGGUGAUCGAGCAUCUGGAGCGUCUAGCGCUUGUGGACUUCGGCAGCCAAGAGGCCGUGGCACGACUGGAGAAAGCCAUCGCCUUUGCCGACCGGCUCCGCGCCGUGGACACGGACGGGGUGGAGCCCAUGGAAUCAGUAUUGGAGGACAGAUGUCUGUACUUGAGAUCUGACAAUGUGGUAGAAGGAAACUGUGUUGAAGAACUACUACAAAAUGCCCAUCGAGUUGUGGAGGAGUAUUUUGUGGCUCCCCCAGGUAAUAUCUCUUUGCCAAAGCAGGAUGAACAACAGCCCUUUUCACACAACUGACUAGCUAUUCAUGGAGGCCCAAAGAUAGUGUUUUGUUACCACGAACACAAAUAUUUCCACUUUCUUCGGUUACCUGAAAAAAAACUGAUGUUUAAGUGAUUUUUAGUAACUAACUCUCUGAAGACAACAUUGGGAAAUAUCUAGUCAAAACAAGGCAAUGAGUUUCUGCUUCUACUGGAAGUAAAAGGUACUGUCACUUUCUGAGGAAAUGAAUCAAAUAUUUAUUCACACAC